UGUCCUGUCAGUUAAGUGCAGUUAACAGUCAACUCAAAUUGUUUAAAAACAUUUAUCAGGUGCAAAAAUUUGAAUAUUUUAACCGAAUCUAUUUAUUUUCAAAUUGGUAUUUACAUAAUUAGUACAAAGUGCUUAAGUCCAUAAUGUUAAAUACAAUUUUAAAACAAUUACAAUUACUCAAAGAUCAAGAAUUGUAUUCAAAUAUGUGUAAAGUUUGCGAAUUAGCCUUAACUUUAGCAGAUCAAAAACCUGAUAUUUUCCAUUUACCAGUGAAGUUACAAAUAACAGUUUAUUAUGCUGAUGCAUGUUUUCACACUCAAAAAUAUAUCCAGGCAGAAGCAUUAUACAGACAAGGGCUUCAGAUGAGAAAAAACUAUGUAAUGAAGUCCAAAAAUGCCAGCAAUAAAUUAGAUAAUCAAACCGCUGUUUUAAGUGAUACUGAUAUAAAGUACCAAAUUUAUUUGUGCUGCAUGGCUCUAAAACAAAAGAAUGCUGCCUGUGAAAUAUUACAGAUGAUUCUUGCUAGACAUCGAACUCCAAAAGUAAAUAUGGCUCUUGGAAAUAUUUAUAAAGAAGUUGGGCAAGAAAGAGCUGCAAUAACCUGUUUUAAAGAAGUUCUGAGAGAAUGUCCUAUGUCGUUAGAAGCAGUUGAAAAUCUUUUGAAAAUGGGAGUUAAGGGAAUUGAGGUUAAUUCACUAAUGCUACAAGUAACUUCUGAAAUCACUUGGUUGAAUCAGUGGAUCAAAGCUCAAGCUCAGCUUAAUGUAAAAGACUUUGCAGGUGCUAUAAAGACUUACAAAAAUAUGGACAUGUAUGGGUUGCUAAAGGACAACACUGCGUUACUAGUUAGUAUGGCACAUUGCUAUCAUUUUAUGUGCGAUGAUGCUAAGGCAAUUUCUAUAUUACAAAAGUGUCUUCGAUUAGAUCCCAACUUAAUCAAUGGAAGAGAUUUACUGUCAACCUUAUUAGCAGCAUCGGGUACAAAGGAACAUAUACGAGCUUUAGAAGCAAUGACCCCGACCAUGGACAUGUCAGCAUGGAGCGCGGAACAUUGGGUGGUUUUAGGAAAUUAUAUGUAUGCUUUGAAAAAAUACGACAAAGCUGCUUAUUUUGGACAACAGGCAUGUUUGCUUGAUAGAAGAAAUAUAGAAGCACUACUUUUAAAAGCAAAUACUUUGUUGCAAAUAAAAAAAUAUUCUGACGCUGCUACUCAUUGUACUGAGGCAUUACAAUUAUGUAAUUAUAGGCAUGAUAUUCACAAAUGCUGUGUUGAAUCCUAUAUCCAAAGUAAUAGGAUUAGAGAAGCUGAAUCGGUGGCAGUAAAUGCUUGCAAUCAAAUGAAUUUUAGUGCACAAGCAUAUUGUGUAAGUGUGGCCUUAGUUGAUUAUUAGCCCUUUUCUCUUAUUUCACGAAUUGUUCGCUAACUUCGAUAGAUUAUGUAUUGAUGUAUAUCAUGUAACGUUGCCGG